AUGCAGAUCAAGGUCCGCACGCUCACCGGCAAGGAAAUCGAGCUCGACAUCGAGCCCGACUACAAGGUCUCGCGCAUAAAGGAGCGCGUCGAGGAGAAGGAGGGCAUCCCGCCCGUGCAGCAGCGCCUGAUCUACGGCGGCAAGCAGAUGAACGACGACAAGACGGCCGAGGAGUACAAGCUCGAGGGCGGCGCGACGCUGCAUCUGGUGCUCGCGCUGCGCGGCGGCUGCUCCGCCUAA